AUGGCCGACGCCGCCCCCGCCAACGACUCCAACGGCGGCAGCAGCACGCUCAACCCCUUCGCGAAACGCACCUCGCACUCCGACCAGUCCAUCCUCCUCUACAAGAUCACCACCACGAUCUCCUGGCUGCUCCUCGUCAUCUCCGCCAUCUACACCACCUUCGCCGCGCCGUCAGGCCCGCACUCGCACAAGUUCUGGCACAACAAUCCGCAAACCCCGUUCGCGCAGUCCAGCAUCUUCACCUCCAUCUACGUGCUCAUCAUCUUCAUCCUGCAGGGCGGCUACGCAUACGCCCUGUACAUGAGCGACGAGACAUACGUGACUGCAGCUGCAAACCUCGGAUCGCACUUCAUCGCCAACAACCUUCUUCUCUUCGGCUUUGUUCACCUCUUCACCCGCUCGCACUUCUGGCUUGCGCUCUUCUUGCUCGUGCUCAACUUUGGUAAUCUCAGCUUGGCUUAUUUCCGCCACUCUGCUGCCCCGAGGACGAUCCAUGUGGGUACUGUGAGUGGACCGCUUGCGUGGAACUUUGUUGCGUUGUACUGGGUGGGUGCUAUUGCGGUCCAUUCAAAUCACUUUGCUGCGAGGAUCGUGGCGAAUGUGUUUAUUUGGGGGUGGCUUGGGUAUGGCAUGUUCUUCUUGGUCGCGUACAAGGAUUACACCAUGGGAUUCGCCUUGAGUGUGCUGGCUUUCUCAACCGGUGUCGGACAGUUCCUGACUCGCCCGCAUCUCUUGCAACUCCAGUGGAUCUUCGCUUUCUCAAUCGGCGGUCUACUCUUCCUCCUCUCGCUUGCUGUUGGCAUGCCUGGCCUGCUCGGACGCGAUCCCUUCCCUCGUGGUCAGAUUGUCAGCGAGGACAGGGAGAGGGCACCUCUGUUGGCUGAUGACUAG